GAGAGUUCGCCACAAGGCGGUUGCCCCGAGUCGUUCUCCGUUGUGCCUCUUUCUCCUCAGCGCCGGGGGUCCCUUUCAACUCUCUGGGCUUCGCCCUUCGCGUCUAGCCGGCGGGCCGCUUCCCUUCCCCCGGAAGAAUCAUGUCUCGCUACCUGCGGCCGCCGAACACCUCGCUAUUUGUGCGAAACGUGGCCGACGAUACCAGGUCUGAGGACUUACGUCGGGAAUUCGGUCGAUAUGGUCCAAUAGUUGAUGUAUAUGUACCCUUGGAUUUCUACACCCGCCGUCCAAGAGGAUUUGCUUAUGUUCAAUUUGAAGAUGUCCGGGAUGCUGAAGAUGCCCUUCAUAAUUUGGACCGGAAAUGGAUUUGUGGCCGUCAGAUAGAAAUCCAGUUUGCUCAAGGAGAUCGGAAAACACCAAACCAAAUGAAAGCUAAGGAAGGAAGAAAUGUGUACAGCUCAUCUCGUUAUGAUGAUUAUGACAGAUACCGGCGUUCAAGAAGUCGCAGUUAUGAAAGGAGGUCAAGAAGCCGUUCUUUUGAUUACAACUGUCGCAGAUCUUAUAGUCCUAGAAACAGUAGACCUGCUGGAAGACAUCGCCGUAGCAGAAGUCGUUCAGAUAAUGAUAGGUUCAAACACCGUAACACAUCUUUUUCAAGGUCAAAGUCCAAUUCAAGAUCACGAUCUAAGUCACCAGCCAAAAAAGAAAUGAAGGCUAAAUCACGGUCUAGGUCUACAUCUUGCACUAAAUCUAGAGACAACUCUAAAAUGGAUUCUAAGGCACAUUAUAAGUCCAGCUCAAGAUAUGAAAAAGAAUCAAAGAAAAAAGAAUCAGCUAGAUCCAAAUCUCAGUCAAGAUCGCAGUCUAGAUCUAGAUCCAAAUCCAGAUCCAGAUCAUGGGCUAGUCCCAAGUCCAGUGGCCACUAAACAGUGUAUUUUGUUUUUAGGCAUGUAUCAUCUAGAUAAACAAUUGAGUUAUGAUGUUGCAACAUUGCUUUAAAAUAAUUUUUGUUAGUUAUCCCUGGAGCAGGCAAUUAUUACUAUUAAAAAUACAAUACAGAUAAUCUUACACAACAGAGUCCACUUUGUUAAAUGUCUUGGGCAGCUACUAAGAUUCUUGUGUUUCUAUGUAUAUUUUUGUAAAGAAAAAAAAAGUAUGGUCUUAUGCUUCAAAUAUCAAUGUUACCUUGAUCAUCACUGUUUACACUGUUGCUUAAUUUCUGCUGUAUAGCCAGCAGAUUGAGCAGUUGUUUUGCUGUAGUGACUGCUAUGAGCUAAAAAAUGUCAACACUCAAAAAGGGUUGUUAAAGGCUGGCUUGUUGCGGACACUUGUGCCAAAAUGGUUGGUUCCUUGGGCAUCUGAAAGACAUUGAAAUACUGAUAACCUCUGAAGCGAUGGUCCUGAGAAUAAGUUAGAAAAGGCAGAAAUUGCUCACAAUGAUUUACUGUGGAUUUGGCAAAAUCCAGGUGCUUUUUUCUAAUAUGUUAACCUCCCAAAAUAAAAUACUCAGUUAAAUCAUUAAGUAAGUAUUUGUAUGCAAUGUGGUGGGCUUUGAGGUUUAGUGAGCAAAUUCUGCAAGGCUUUUUGCUGCAUUAAAUUAAAAUAAACAUCUCACAUUGCACCGUGUAUAAAAACUAAACCUCAACACGAAGGUUUUUAUAAGUAGUUGGCUUACCUGUUUAGUGCCCCAGGGUUUCAUUAGCAGUAUUUCUAAAUAGAAGUGACAAUUUUGAGUUUAUACAUUAAUCUAACUUUCUCUUCAGAUUAGGAGGGUUAUUUGGUAUAUGUUGUUUUUGCUUUUGGUAAUUAGACUAUGGAAUGUUGCCAUGGUAUAAAAGUAUUCUCUGGAAGACCAUAAUAUUGUACCAAGAACAUAGCUUUUCUGUUGGAAGAAUGAAAGUCGGCAUCAACCUUCAAAGGCCCUUUACUUCUGUUUAGCAGGAAAAUUUAGUAUCAAUGGAACUCUUGUUUCUGUAGAGAACUAAUUUCAAAUUUAAUACUGUAUAUUCAUCAUAUACAGUAAACUGCUCAGGAGUAAAGAUGCUUUUUAAAAUGUUGGCUGUUCAGUAAGCUGAAGGAGUGAUUCUAGCAUCUUUGUAUAUUUGAUAGCCUCAUUUUUGUUUAGUACUAAAAGUUAAUGUCCUGCUAUGCAAUCAUUUAUUGCUUUUUUUUAAGAGUUCUCCCUAAUGUAGUUUAAAGCAAAGUGUAAAAUUGUAGUGUUACUGUGCAGCUCUGGCCAGAAGAAACUUGUGGAAAUAAACUUUAUAUUUCCUUUCUUAUAGAGGCUUCCAAAAAAGGUAUUUUUAUAUGUUUUUUUAAAAUACCAGGUACUACUUUUAAGACAUCACUGUUUUGAUUAGGAGGACCCGUUUAUAUUUUGCUUGCUGUAAAUCUAGCCUACAAACUAAUAAAAAUGUAAACACAUACAUUCUCUACUGUAGUUUUAACUAGUAUUGUUUGAAGGUGGAUGUGUUCAUACUUAAAGAAUACCAAUGCUGUUUGUUCAAUACAGGAGCAGUAAUUAUUUCAGUUUCAUUAGCCAAUGAGAAAGACAAGUUUAAAAUAUUUUAUGUUGUGCCAGAACAAAUUCUGCCUCAGAUCUGAAGCAUUGAUACAAACAUUUUAUUUGUGUAACUGCUCAUCUUGCCAGUUGUGAUUCUGAGUGAUGAACUUAAGAAACAAAUAAAACCUCGGAUCCAGAAUAAUACAAUAAAAAAAAGGUGGGAACUUGAACAAAUUGUGCACUGUUUCUUUUCCUAAAUUUGGCUUUUUCACAAAAAGAUUAAAUUUCAUCCGUAAGUGAAAUAGGCCAAUGGAAGUCUUCCUCAAACAGGAAACUGUUGAAAAUGUAUCAUGCUCUUAAUAACCAUGUCAAAUUUUUGACGCCCAGAACAAGUCCAUACAGUUUUGAAUAUUGAACUAAACAUUGCUAUGACAUAUUGUAUAAGAUACCUGAGCUGCAAAACUAAAAUUGUUUAUGAAUGUUAAUAUUUUUUAAACCAUCUUGUUCAAUUUAGGUAGGACAAUAUAGCCAACUAGUGCCUAUUUUUCUAACUUUAAAAAGCUUGGUGGCUUACCCUUUUUUGUAUGAAUCAUUCUUAUGCAUCAGAUAUAUUUCAUACUGUAAUAAGUUUAAAGCAGAAUUAAAAUUGGCACAUCCAAUCAAAUUAAAAUACAGGUGUCAUCAAGCAGCACAAAUAGUUUCUCUUAAGCUUAUUUGGUUCAAUAUAUCCAGCAUACAAUAAUCCAGUAAUAUAUGAAGAACAAAUUGAAUUUGCUCUCAUGGUUGUUAAAUAGGGCUAAUCAUAACCGCCUUAUGCCUAACUGCAGAUAAUUUAGCACAUCUGUACUUUUCAUUUUUAAUAUCUAUCAUGAUUCACAGCUCAAAGUUAAAGCCUCUGCUUUACAAAUAAAAAUUCUUCCAUCUAAAGGUUUCUAUUGAAAGAAACAAAACCACUGGGUUACUUGCCAAUUAUCUGCAGCUGUCCAUAUUAAAAUGGAAUUCAUGCACAUGGUUGCUUUUUUCUCUUCAACCUCCUUUCCCAUCUUUAAAUCUAUGGACAAUAUGUCCCUUAAUGCUAUAUCUGCUUUUUUAGUUUGUAAAGAAUAAAAAUGCUAUAAAUAAAGUAGCAAUCAACACACUGCUGGGGAGAAAAGGUUAAGGAUUUUUAUUUAAAAUUUGUUUCAAAUUCAUAUCUAACAAGUAUAGAAUUUAGAGUAUCAAAAUUACAUCUGGGAUACAACGAUUUUCAAAUGUCUGGGAUACAUUUGGGGCAUAAGGUAAUAUUUUGAGCAAGUUGUCCAAUCUGUUUUAUUUGGGAAUAUUUUAAAUGUUUUUGAUGGUUGCUAAAACAUUUUGAAUAUAUAUGUAGCUAAAAUGUGCAACAAUGUACAGCCAAAUACCCCUCUUUAAAAAAAAUAUUACAUGGCAACUAAAUGUUUCAUUACUAUUGUUGGAAAUUUAGCAACAUUAAACAUUUUGUUAUGUA